AUGGAGGAGAGCCUUAUAUUUACAAAGAUUUACCACGGUGGAAUCUUAUCUGAGAUAUCUGUCCCUACUUAUGUUGGAAACUGUGUGUCUGCACUCAGGUAUAUUAUUAAGGACCACUUUUCCAUUUUGGAACUACUGUAUUAUACUAAAGAAUUAGGGUAUGAAACUGUUAGAGAUGAACCCUUACUUGACACUGAGGGACCUAGAGGCUAUCUAACUAAUGUUGGUGGUGAAGGUGUUGAUGUUGACCUUGGUGAAGAGGGUGAGGCUGUUAACUUAGGUGGAGAAGGUGAGGCUGUUGACAUAAGUGGAGAAGGUGAGGCUGUUAACCUUGGUGGUGAGGGUGUUGAUGUUAACAUUGGUGAAGAGGGUCUUGGAAUGGUCUUUGAGGGUGCAAAUCAGUUCAGGAAAGCAGUGGCAGAUUAUGCUGUAGAGUACAGGAGGCAGAUAAAGUUAAGACCUAAUGAAAAACAUAGAGUGAGGGUGAAGUGCAAAAAUGCUAACUGUAAGUGGUUGUUAUAUGCUUCCAUUCACAGGGACUCAGGUGAUUUCAUUGUGAAGAACUAUCAUCCUGUUCACAAGUGUAUUCCAUUAAACAGGAACAAGUUGUGUAAUUCAAAGUUAAUUGCUAGAAAGUUUAAGGACAGAAUUGUGUCUCAACCAUACAUAAGGAUUUGGGAAAUUCAAGAUUUGGUUAGAAAGACAUUGGGUCUUUAUGUUGGUAAGACUCUUUGUUACAGGGCUAAACAGAGGAUUAUGAAGGAAAACAUGGGUGGUUGGAAAGUGGAAUUUGCCAGAUUAAGUGACUAUGCAGAUAUGAUCAAACAAACCAAUCCUGGAAGCUCUUGUUGGGUAAAAAUUGAUAAGGAAAUUGAACCAGGAAAGAACCUUUUUGUGUAUUUUUAUGUGUGCUUUCAUGCAUUUAAGCAAGGAUGGUUGGAGGGGUGUAGGAAUAUAAUUGAAUUUGAUGGUUGUUUUCUUAAGGGAGUUUGUAAAGGUGAGCUAUUAGUUGCUGUUGGAAAGAAUGGGAACAAUCAAAUGUAUCCCAUUGCCUGGGCAGUUGUGGAUACAGAAACAAAACAUAGUUGGAGCAGGUUCAUAAGGUAUUUAAUUGCUGAUCUAAACUUGGGAACUGGUGAAGGUUUGACUGUAAUGUCAGAUAUGCAAAAGGGACUUAUUCCUGUCUUGUCAGAGUUGUUACCAAAUGCUGAGAAAAGGAUGUGUGCUAGACAUAUAUGGAGUAACUGGCAUGUGAACUGGAAAGGAGAAGAAAGAAGGAAACAGUUUUGGAGAUGCUCAAAGGCCUCCUUUUGA